AUGCGACGUUCUUCUGUCAACCAGCUACUCCUGCGGUCAGCGAAGACCACCGUUCGCGGCAAAACAACACUCCCGAUCGUCCCGGCGCUGAAAGAAAGCGAAAAAAAUGUUUCAGAGCGGUCACCCUGCUCAGUUCUGUCCUUUCAGAGGACUGGAGCUGAUUUAUUAAGACCCAGAGAACCGAAUACUGGUGCGUAUCGGAGUGUAGCGGCCUCCUGCGUGCCUUCGGCGACAGAGUUACUGCUGAAUUUUUCUCAGCGUGAGUCGUCAGUUUCGCCUUCUGGAAAUGUUUGUCCAGUCUCAUCAACCCCUCUCGCUUUCUCUGUGAGACUCCAACAUCUAUCACGCGCGCUGGCAUGCAGGGGGUGGCGACACUUCUCGACCGCAUCUUACGCCGACGAACAGACAGCGGGAAGUACUGCAGAGGUGAAUGCCGAGGCUGACCACAAGCGCGAGGUCUCGCUGGGCGGAAAAGGUGAAGUUCAUGCUUUCAAAGCAGAGACCAAAAAGCUGCUUCACAUCGUCACACAUUCGCUCUAUACUGAUAAAGAGGUGUUUAUCCGGGAGCUCAUAUCCAACGCCGCCGAUGCACUGGAAAAGCUCCGCUUCCUUCAGGCGACAGCUCAAGUGGGAGGCUCUCUUGAGAAUGAAUCCGUUCCGCUCGAGAUUCGAUUGGGCACGGACGCCGCUGCGAAGACGUUUACUCUCCAGGAUACCGGCGUUGGUAUGACCAAGGAGGAGCUUCUGGAGCAUCUAGGGACGAUCGCCAAGUCCGGAAGUCUUGAGUUUCUCAUGAAACACCAAGGGCAGAAGAACGCCGACAUCAUCGGCCAAUUCGGCGUAGGCUUCUACUCUUCGUUCGUCGUCUCAGACCGCGUCGACGUCUACACGCGGGCGCACGCAGAAGGCGCGAAAGCCUAUCUGUGGAGCUCAGACGGGACAGGAGAAUUUAGCAUCAAGGAGCUGUCUGCGGAGGAGGCGGCGAGCGCGGGUCUCAAGAGAGGAACAAAGAUUGUUUGCCAUUUGAAGAACGACUGCGCGGAGUUUGCCAAUACCAACCACGUCAAGGAAUGCGCUACGAGGUUUUCCUCGUUUGUCAACUUCCCGAUCUUUGUCACGGAGGCUGACGGGACUGAGACGAAAAUCACCGCUCAGCAGGCUUUGUGGCUCCAGACUGCGGCCACGGACGACGAACACCGACAGUUCUUUAGGUACCUGAGCAACACCUCAUGGGGCGACCCAAAGUACCAUAUUAUGUUCCGCACCGAUGCGCCUCUCUCGAUUAAGGCUCUUUUCUACAUUCCCGAAGAUCCGCCGAGCCGCCUGUUCCAGCCGGCCAAUGAAGUCGGGGUGUCGCUGCAUUCACGGCGCGUUUUGGUGAAGAAGUCUGCGACUGAAAUCAUUCCCAAGUGGCUUGGCUUCCUCAAGGGCGUCAUUGACUGCGAUGAUAUUCCACUCAACGUUAGCCGCGAAAACAUGCAGAACUCGAUCCUGAUCGAGAAGCUCUCCCAAAUUCUCGUCCGGAGAGUACUCAAAUUUCUCGACGACCAGUCGAGAUCGGACCCGGAGAAGUACCUGGACUUCUACCGCAAGUAUGCGCAACACCUGAAGGAAGGCGUUCUAGACGAUGCUCACCACGGCAGCAAAUACAAAGAUAAUCUUUUGAAGCUUCUCAGAUUCCAGACGUCGGAGACAGCCGCCGGCGAACUGAUCUCUCUAGACAAGUAUCUGGAGAUGGUGAAACCUGGGCAGCAGAACAUUUAUUUCUACUGCUGCCCGGCACGCGAGACCGCCAUGGCGUCGCCGUACAUGGAGCAGUUCAAGGAGUGGAAGAGACCCGUCCUGCUGAUGAUGGACGACAUUGACGAGUUCGUCGCCAUGAAUGUUCAGUCCUACAAAGACAAGAGGUUCGUGGCUAUCGAUGCUCCAGAAGAAGAUUUCGAGCCGCUGCUUGAAGAGGGCAAGGAGGAAACGAAAGAGAAGAAGGUCGACACGCCGGGCCUCGUCGGGGAGCAUCGCGUUGAACUGGAGAAAUUCAUCAGGGGAACCUUGGGCGAGCGCGUGUCGUCGGUGAAGUUCUCCGAUCGCCUGGUCAAGACUCCGGCCGUUGUGACAGGCUUCCUCUCCUCCACGCUCCGGAAGAUGAUGAAGGCGACUCUCCAGGGAGCGCCUGACGCGCAAUUGAAAAUGGCCAGCUUGCCAGUCACUCUGGAGCUCAACCCGCACCACCAGAUCGUCAUCUCUCUGUAUCACCUCCAGCGCUCCAACAGCGACGUUGCCAAAAUGCUGGUCGAGCAGCUCUACGAUAACGCAUGCAUCGCCGCAGGUAUCAUGGAAGAUCCACGCUGUAUGCUAGAGCGCCUCAACCACCUGCUCGAGGUCACGGCGCAAUAUGCGUACCACCACAAGGAGAGUGCGGCGCCGGCAGAAGAGGCGACCUCCUCCAGUGCGGAUAACGCGGCAUCAGGCAGCGUGGCGGAAGAGAAGACACCGCAGGCCUUAUCUGCAUCGGCUUCACUGGAAUCUUAG